GGAGAGCCCCGAUGAGUGAGGAUUUCAGCGCGAGGAGCGACCUGCCAGCGCUUCCGAGUCACUUGGCUGUUCUCCUGAGAGAUUCCAUUCAGCAAUUGCUCAAGCAAGGCGAGAGCCUUAUAGGCGAGUGGGAGAGGUGGCGGGAGCUCGUUGAGCAUGGGGGCGGUCAUGACGAGAGAUAUCGCAGCAUGGAGGGCUUCGUCAAGACCGAAAAGGUGAGGUGAGAGAGAAAGCGCCGCUUAUUCUUCCGUUGACGCCAUUGAUUUCACACUGGUUGGCGGGGCCAUGGGUGGCAUGGUUUCUCUGUCGUGCUUGCAGCUUCUGGACCACAUUCAUCACCGGCUCCUGCGGCUCCAAUCGCAGUACCGGGACGUCCCAUCAGAUGCCCCAGGGCCUCCCCCCUCCCCCCGCUCAUUCGACACUGCCAUUCGGCAACUCGUCAAUCGCAUGGACAGGCUAGCAGCCAGCAGACGGCGUUGGGAUCAACACACACAGACGCUUUACGAAACAUGCCGCCCAACAGCGUCACCGGGCAUUGCCAUGCCGUCCCUGCUCCUCCACUUGCCAUCCGGGACGGAAGGAAACGAGCUGGCCGCCUCUGAAGCGGCUGGUUCUUCUGUUGUGCCGGUGCGCAGGGUGCCGUCUGGUCAGAUAGAGGGGGUGCUGGACGAGCUGAGGGCCACCAUCCGGACGAGAGGCCAGGAGCUGGAGCGCAUCAGGGCCGCCAGCCAGUCCAGGCCAAGACAGCCGUUCGCAGAGGUGCCGAAGGGGGUUGCCGCCCGGGCCGCGGCACCACGACCACGACAACCGGACGAGGGCAACGUCUUCCGCUUUGAGGGCAACUAUCAGGGUUCGGAGGAGGACCUUCACUUACCGGCAAGAAUGCAGAUGCAGAGGGCCCCGUCUCCUCGCAUCGCCGCUCCUGGGCCAAAAAAAGGAGGGAGACAAGAGCCCGUGUCUCCCACGAGAAGCCCACGGCAGAGGGCAGCAGGGGAGGAGACCAAAGCGCCUGUCGGCAAGAGGAUAUCAGGUCGCCGCAGGAGCACCAUCAGCCCAGUGGUGGCCCGCAUGAGGCUUGCAGAACAAAGGGAGGCGGAAGGGCGGCCUCUGUCACGUCAACAGGGGGCCAGGCGCCUGUCAGCAGAUGCACCCAGGGGAUCGGCUACCCCAAGGCCUGCAGCAGAGCUCAUUCCUGAAUCGGCUCGUCCGGAAGGAGGCCCCCCGACGUUCAGGGACCAGCUGCGGUAUCGGCGCAUUCUGUCGCCUGAGCUGAACCUCACCCCUGGCCGAGAGUCGGCAGGUACUGGUGCUCCGGCCAGGGCUGCAGCUGCAGCUGGAGAGCCGCCAGAGGGGAGGAAGAAGACAGAGGCGCCGAAACAAAGGGAUGAGAGAAGGGAGGCCGCCAUAUGUGCCAGCAAGGGAGUGCAGGCUGACCUGAAAGGGGAGAGGGAGCGGUCGCUGCGAGACAUGGCUGCCGGCAACGGGAGGGUAAGAGCGGACAACGGCCACCGGCCCAUUGAGGGCGGCGCUGAUGGUGAAAGCGAGCAGGAGAAGCAGGCCAAGCUCAAUGAGGACCUCACCAUGUCCGUAUGCUGACAAAGCACACACACAUCGACUCGUUCGACCCAUCAGUCAGGUGUGUCACUGUUUGUGCGCUGCCAGUAUCCGUAACGAUGUCACGGAGAUCCAGCAGACCACAAGAGACGUGUUGGCCGUCAUGAGCGGCCGAGAGGGGACAGGGGCGAGACACCGUCGGCCUGAUGGUGAGGUUGCGAGAGGCCCGCCGUCUGAGACCAAUGGGUGGGAGAGCAGCAUGCGGGAGCUGAGGGAGGCCAAUCGGAGGAUCAAGGACAGAGUCGCUGACAUGCUCCAGAUGAAGGCAAACACACACACACACACACACAGGGCACACGUGCAUGUAUGUCUCGAAUCCGUGGGUGUGCUUCUGUGUGAUUGUCUGUAUCAUGUCUCUCAGGAGGACAUUCUCGUGUCCUCAGCCCCCUCCAUUGACCGCUCCGUCAGCCAGGAGAUCCGCAGGGCGCCCUCCCCACCGCCAGUGAUCAUCACAGGCCCCCACAUCCGCCUCCCCCGCCAGCCUCUCCCCUUCCAACGGGCCCCCUCACCUUUGGUCCUCUCCGCCACCCGUCCCCGACCCCCCAGCCCACCAAGCCCCCUCCGAGUGCGCCCCCCACGGCAUUACUACCCACCUCUCGGGCCGCAGCUGAGCCCACCGACCACUUAUCGGGCGGUUGUGACCCCUAGAGCACCAUUUUGGGCGGCGAGGGUGCGAAGUGUCUCGGAGGAGGAAGUUCAUCACAUUCCGGAAAGGAGGCCGGUCAGCCCCUGCUGCGCGAGGCCGAGCCCGUGCCGUGCGCCAGAGGGAGAGGAGCCUGCAUUGGCUGGUGACGGUGUUGGUUCUGGCGUGGUGCGGGCACUUCAUCGCAGCCCUGGUAUGCGCCAGCUGCCUGUGCAUGACCGUUUGCUGCUGCUGGGUGGAGAGGGUAGUGAGAGGGUUGUGGAGGUGGGGCCGGCCAGCCGAGUGCAGGUCAUCCCUGUGAGGCAAUCGGUGGUGAUGUUCUGAUGCCUACCUACAGAUCAGCUCGAUGUGUGUCCUGUACAUGUGGAGAGGAAGAGAGACCGGCGGACUGACUGCAUGAUAUGUUCCAUCUCACAUUUGGGCGUUCGUCACUGAGGCAUUCUCGUUUGCUUCUGCCGCUGUUUUUCUUUCAUCCUGUGCCUGUGUAUGUGUGUGUGUGUAUGUGUAUGUGUGUGUGUGUGUAUUCGUUUGCUCGUUCCUUGCUUACUGCGUGUGCACGACAUGACAUGACAUUACACCAUAUAUGUAGAUAUCUAGGACCUUUGUUCGCUUCCAUGGCCCGAGACGGACGCGCGACUGCAUGCCAUGCCGGCGAAAAUCCCCACCGGCCGGGGCACGGCAUGAUUGAAUGAAUCGUAU